CACGCCGCUCCACGCCGCGCCGGAGAAAGUGAGAGCCGUGGUAGCGGACGGCGGGCUACGACGAGCAGGCGACCAGGGCUCCUCGAGACGAGAGGAUAGACAUGGUGCGAGCCCUCGAUCGCGUGGAUCCUCCGAACCCUUCGAGACAGUCUUCCGGUUGAUCGGUUUCGCUCGACCCGCAAACCGAAUCUCCGAUCCGUCCGUCGGAAAACUGGAUUCUUCGCCCGGCUGCUCACCGCUCGAAGAAAGCUUCGCAUCGGCUUCGCAGUGACUUCGACCAGCUCCGCGCAGCUCCGAUCCUCUUCGAGCAGCCGCGAACCGCUUCGCCUCGAUCCGCCGAAGGAAGAAUCCGCCAGCUGGCCGGGAGGAUACAGUGCCGGAGAGUCUAGCCGUCGCGGGGACCAUGAGGAAAUCUCGGUGACCGUGAAGCACCGCAGGCAGCGUGCGGUACCGGGAAAAAGAUCGCGAUCGAUAGGUCGUGGCCGCGAGUGACCGAUCCGUGCGCUGAACCGGGCCACGGACUCGACAUAGCUUCGCUAACAUUGUUGUGUUAUGGUGGUGAGGACUGUUCACCGUAGGCUUGGCAGAAAACGAGGAAGAAGAAGAGCGGACGGAUCCGAGCGAGUUGGCCCCGAGGAGACGCAGGGACGCUGAGACGGUCGUUGCCAACAAGGAUUGUUUCGGUCGGAGAGAUCGGGAAACGAUGGGUGCAGCGAGAUCCAGCCAAUGGUUGCUACUGGGAAUAGUGUUCGUGAUCUCCUCGAGCCGCGCCACCAGCCAAACGGAACUGGUCUCCGGUUCCACGUUGAGCAGACCGGAAACGUUGUUCGCCUCGAUCGAGACCGAGACCGAGACCGAGGCCGAAAUCGAGACCGAUUCGAACCGGACGGAAUCGUCGAAUUCGACGAGAAGGCGUCGGUACGUUCGGUUCCCCAGUGGCCCGGGGGGCUACGCUUUCGAAGGCAGCGGCCCCCCGACGGGAAGGAACAUCGGCGUGCCCCCGGGUCUGCGGUUCCCUUCGUGGAGGCAGCAGAAGUCGCUAUGGCGAAGCCCCGUCUCCGAAUUCAGCCGUCCGGUGAUGGGCCAUCGGACGCCUCGACUGAUCUUCAGAGACAACGACUUUCCACCGGCGGUGGGUGGCAGCGCACCCUCCUUCUUCCAGCAGUCGAACCACCUGCCCGACUUCGAGGACGAUGUCAGAGAUCAUCGAAAGCAAACGCUCGACGAUUACCCUAGGUUAGAGUCAGAGCCGCGUCAACAAAACAGACCGCUGUGGAAGGGUGACGAUUCGUUGUGCGCAGACGGACGAACCUGCGAAUUUUUUCUAAUGUGCUGGAUGUCGGCCGGCCUAUUGGACGGCAGUUGCGGCGGCAUUAUGUUCGCUUGUUGUCAGCGGCAAGAGCCGAAAGGUAGCUCCGAUUAUAACCUGAUCGAGGCACCUAGAGAUCAGUCUCAGCCGCUUCCGUUGGACAGUUACACGGAGACCGCCAACGACGAUCGCUGCGGAAUCCCCGCGUCGAAGCAAACCGCGCAGAGGAGGAUCGUCGGCGGUGACGACGCCGGUUUCGGCAGCUUCCCAUGGCAGGCAUACAUCAGAAUCGGGUCCAGCCGAUGCGGAGGCACGCUCGUCAAUCGAUUUCACGUUGUCACCGCUGGCCAUUGCGUUGCCAAAGCGUCGGCACGCCAAGUUCAAGUGACUUUGGGCGACUACGUGGUCAAUUCCGCCAGCGAGACGCUGCCAGCUUAUACGUUCGGGGUCAGGGAGAUCAGGGUGCACCCCUACUUCAAGUUCACGCCUCAGGCCGACAGAUUCGACGUGGCGGUUUUGCGACUGGAUCGGCCCGUCCACUACAUGCCUCAUAUAGCACCCAUCUGUCUACCCGAGAAAAACGAGGAUUUCCUUGGCCAAUACGGUUGGGCCGCUGGAUGGGGCGCCCUUCAGGCCGGAUCGAGGCUGCGCCCGAAGACGCUGCAAGCCGUCGACGUACCUGUGAUAGACAACCGGGUCUGCGAGAGGUGGCAUCGUUCCAACGGCAUCAAUGUUGUAAUUUACGACGAGAUGAUGUGCGCCGGCUACCGCGGCGGCGGCAAGGACUCUUGUCAGGGUGACAGCGGCGGGCCCCUGAUGCUGGAGAAGACGGGUCGCUGGUACUUGAUCGGUAUCGUUUCUGCCGGUUACUCCUGCGCCCAACCGGGCCAACCGGGGAUCUAUCAUCGGGUGGCGAAGACCGUCGACUGGAUCACGUACGUGAUCAACUCGUAGCCGGGAUCGAUCCGUCGAAAGUGGACGCUGUUCUCUGUGCGGUUGGGGGGAACUUUGCAUGAAACAAAGUUUCCGACACGGUACUGGAUACGGGUCUCUAACGCACCGGAUCUACGGUGAUCCGACGGAUCUGGCGUCUGGCUGGUUGCUAAGAAUACGGCCAUUUCGUACUCGAUGUAAAUACGAAGUCGAACGGACCGAUCUUGAGAGAGAAUCGCGCCCGGAAGGGACCUUCUAUUUUGUAUAAAGUGCGGCGGUGUACCGUCGCGAAUCGAUUCUAAUCUAUAUGUUUGUAACGCGUAUCGUCGAUACGACGCGCGCGCGUGUAAAUUGUUGUAUUUAUCGUCGAUCGCCGAGCGUUCGAGCGACGAACGUUCCCGUCGGCAACGAUCGCUCGUCGCCUCGGUCCUCGAUCGAGCGGAUCGCGUCGACGCGAAUAUUUUGUAAAUUAAGUGCGUGCGAUAUUUGUUUAUAUUCGCGCUUGAUAAAUGUUCGAUUCCGACUC